CGUCACGUUGUUGUUUGUUGCAGAGGCGAGUUGUUCGAGAAUGGCGCACCUUGUAUUCAGAUAGGCCUUAGAAAAUUGCUUAUUUCCAAGCUUUUCUGGUUCCCAAAGACUGUUAACCACCAUGGCUAGCAGCAGUGGUAGUGCCAAUAGGUCAGAGUUUGAAGUUGGAGGCAAAUACCGCCUUGUCCGAAAGAUUGGAAGCGGUUCUUUCGGGGACAUUUACCUCGCCAUCAACACAACUAAUGGCGAAGAAGUAGCCGUCAAACUAGAGUCACAAAAGGCUCGCCAUCCCCAACUUCUUUACGAGUCUAAACUUUAUAAAAUCUUGCAAGGAGGCGUUGGUAUCCCUUCGGUGCGCUAUUAUGGUCAAGAAAGAGAUUACAACGUCCUGGUAAUGGAAUUAUUGGGCCCAAGUUUGGAAGAUUUGUUCAACUUUUGUUCGCGUCGUUUUACAAUGAAGACAGUUUUGAUGCUCGCGGACCAAAUGAUAAGUCGCAUCGAAUACGUUCACAAUAAGAACUUUAUUCACCGAGACAUCAAGCCGGAUAACUUCCUCAUGGGUGUAGGCAAACACUGCAAUAAGUUGUUUUUGAUCGAUUUCGGUUUGGCGAAGAAGUACAGGGAUAGCAGAACCAGACAACAUAUUCCGUACCGCGAGGAUAAAAACUUGACGGGAACUGCUCGCUACGCCAGCAUCAACGCACAUCUCGGCAUCGAGCAGUCUCGCCGAGAUGACAUGGAGUCUCUCGGAUACGUUCUUAUGUAUUUUAAUCGCACUAGCCUACCCUGGCAAGGCUUAAAGGCGGCCACAAAGAAACAAAAGUAUGAGAAAAUUAGCGAAAAAAAGAUGUCUACGCCCGUCGAGGUUCUUUGCAAAGGCUUUCCGGCCGAGUUCGCCAUGUAUUUAAACUACUGUCGAGGUCUACGAUUUGAGGAGGCGCCUGAUUAUAUGUACUUGAGGCAGUUAUUCAGGAUUCUGUUUCGCACUCUUAACUAUCAGUACGAUUAUAUCUUUGACUGGACAAUGUUGAAGCAAAAAGCUGCCCAAGCCACAGCGACUUCCACGGUGGCUCCCUCUCCAGGGGCUGGAACACCAGUCCAUAAGAAAGCAGACCAUCACACACAUCUCCCCCAUGGUCAUUCGCAGACGGGCAAAAAAGCGUGAAUAGUGUGCCAGCCACUCCGGCAGAACAGGUCUCAGGCAGGGGAGGUAGCGAAUAGGGAAAGGCUGGCACGAUAGCCCUUGGUAAAGAUCGUAAUCCCAGCAAAUGAACAUCUUUCAAAUGUGAAUGCGUGCACAUAAUCAGAACCAUUUGUUUUAUUCUCAUACCAGAUAAAUCUUAUCUUAGAGUGUUUGUGAAUUUGUGUUUAUGUAUAGGAAAAAAAACAUGUAAGCUUAGUUUUAGCUUUUUAAGAAAGAAAAAUGAUAAAAAUAAUCAAGUGAACAAGACUUUGUAAGAAUAUUUUCCGCUUCUUGUUGCUGUCAUAAUGUUGAUAUAAUUUAAUCUUGGCUUUAUCUUUCUAAUAAUAAUCACAUGAUGCCUUCAA